UUAUGUUUUGGUUUGUUUACUGAUAGCAGACUGGAAUUUUAUUGUUUUGUUUUUUUAUAAAUUUAAGCAUAGCAAUUUUCUUUUACUUUAGAUUAAUAUGUUCAACUCCCUGAAAUUCAUCAGCUUCCCAACAGAAUAUAGUCUUUAUUACAAAACUGGAAAAUUUAUUCGCAUUUCCAAUAAAAAUGGAAUUAUAUUUCGUAGAUGCACCACAGUUCAUGGGAAGGAUCUUCAGUUUUUACAGAGGAGUAUAGUUCCUACAAAUCAUUUCCAAAACAGUUUACCACGAUUACCUAUUCCAGAAUUAGAAAAAACUUGUGAGAGGUAUAUAACAGCUUUACAACCUUUUAUUAGUAGUGAUCGUCUGCAGAAAACCCAGCAGAUAGUUCACGAGUUUAAACAUGGAGAAGGACAGGAACUCCAAAAAGAACUUAAAGCUUCUAAUGCAAGAAAUAAACAUACUAGUUAUAUAUCUGAACCAUGGUUUGACAUGUAUUUGAAAUCCAGGGUUCCACUUGUUUUGAAUUUCAACCCUUUCUUAGCGUUUAAAGAUGAUCCUAAACCCAAGUAUAAUAAUCAAUUGCUUAGAUCCACAAAUAUGAUUGUAUCAUCGCUACGUUUUUUGAAAUCUCUGAGAGAAAAUAUUUUAGAGCCUGAAGUUUUUCACUUGAAUCCUGAGAAAAGUGAUACUGCUUUCUUUAGAAAAACAAUGAGAUUGAUUCCCCGACCUUUUGCAUGGUAUGGAGCCUACUUGUUUAAAGCUUUUCCUCUUGACAUGAGCCAGUUUGGUAAUCUGUUUAAUUCGACACGUAUUCCACGUCAUGGGAAAGACGAACUACAAGUGUAUCCAGAUGCACAACAUAUUGUUGUUCUACGAAAUGGUCAUUUUUAUGCUUUUGACGUUCUGGAUGGAGAUGGAAAUAUAAUUCCUCCCUCUCAUAUCAAAGAUCUCAUUAAUUACAUUCUAUCUGACUCUCAGUCUCUUCCAUCCCACCCUGUAUCUGUAUUGACGACUGAGAAUAGAGACGUAUGGGCAGAUGCUCGCACUCGACUAGAAAAACUUGGAAAUGCUGAGCAACUGAAAGUGAUUGAUAGUGCAAUAUUUGUUUUAGCUUUAGACGAAGAAACCCUUGGAGAUGAUUUGAUAAAAUCAGCACAUCAUAUGCUUCAUGGACCUGUGUACAACAGGUGGUUUGACAAGAGCUUUACCCUAAUAAUAACUAAAGAUGGGAAGGCUGCCAUCAACUUUGAACAUGCCUGGGGUGAUGGAGUUGCUGUUCUAAGAUAUUUCAAUGAAAUUUUUUCAGAUUCUACCAAAAAUCACUUUGUGGGUCCAAAAACUGUACCAGCAAAUGUGGAUGCUUCCCAUCGAGUGAAAAAAUUAGAUUUUUUUCUGGAUGACUCUAUGAAAACAAUCAUUAAGAAAGGUGAAGAAAAUGUAAAGAGCUCAACAGACAAACUGCGCUUGGAUAUUCUUCAGCAUAAUCAGCUUCACCGUGAAUGCAUCAAAGGAUUUAAACUUAGUCCGGAUUCUGUUGCACAGCUAGGAUUCCAGAUGGCUUUUUAUAAACUCCACAGCAAGUUUGUUGCUACAUAUGAAUCUUGCAGUACAUCUGCAUUUAAACAUGGAAGAACUGAAACAGUAAGACCACUGACUUCAGCUACUAAACGUUGCAUUGAAGAAUUUCAUAAAAGCAGUCGACCUUCUAAUUCUGAUUUGAAGAAUUUGUUGAAGGAGUGUACCAGAGUUCACAAUCAGCUUACAAAAGAAGCAGCCAUGGGUCAAGGAUUUGAUCGACAUUUAUUUGCAUUGCGUUACCUUGCUGAAAACAAGGGAAUGAAAAUGCCUGCUUUGUAUCAAGAUACAGUUUAUGCUGAAGCUAAUCACUUUAUUCUCUCUACAUCAACACUGUUUGGACCAGCAUUUAGUGGAGGUGGAUUUGCUCCAGUGGUACAAGAUGGUUUUGGCAUUGGAUAUGGCUUUCUUGACAAUUCAACAGGUUGCCUUGUGAGUACCUACUCACCUCACAGAGAUGGAGCAGCUUUUGUGGAGGCACUGCGUUCCAGUUUUGAUGAUAUUUAUAAUGUUCUCUCAAAAGUUUAAAUUUAUUAAUUUUGUGAUUGCGGGUUUUUUUUAGUGAAGUUAUUUUUUUUCCAUUCUAUAUCAUAUAUAUAUAUAUAUACAUGCUGAAUCAAAAUGUAUUUUUAUAUUUCUUUUUUAUUUUAUUGGCCCUUAUUUUAAGCAUAUUUAUUGAAUCCUGUGAUUGGUGCUUUUAUAAACUAUCUUUUCUUUAUUUAUUGACAAAACUUUGCAAUUUUAAUAUGGUGAUUUAGUGAAUCUUAGUUCGAAUCUUAAUAUUUAAAUUUUUAGGGAUGUUUGUAAAAAUAUGCUAUAUAUCAUAUAUUUUGUAUGAUAAUUA